AUGGGUGACAAGACCUCUUCCUCAUCUUCUUCCUCCAAAGGCGCUUUCCAUCCGAAUCUUGCUGUAACAAACAUCAAAUCGCAUGUACCUGUCACCCUUACCAUGGAAAAUGUCCAAUAUGCAAAUUGGGCAGAAUUGUUCAAAGUCCAUUGCUGCUCUCACAAGGUUCUUCAUCAUAUCAUCCCUCCUAAGACCAAAGAUGGUCAAGUGAAGGCGUUAGUACCUCUCACUCCAGAAGAACAAGACGUGUGGGACACGUUAGAUGUUGUUGUGGUCCAAUGGAUAUAUUCCACCAUAUCCACGGACUUGCUAAACAUAAUUAUCGAGGAAGAUGCUUCGGCUCUAACACUAUGGAAUCGGCUCCGAGACUUGUUUCAAGACAAUCAGAAUUCCCGUGCCAUUGCCCUUAAACAGGAAUUCAACAAUACAUACUUGAAGGAUUUCUCAUCUGUCUUGGCCUAUUGUCAACAUCUCAAGACUAUUUCGGAUCAACUCCAAAAUAUUGGUGCUCCGGUCUCCAACAACCGUCUUGUCCUUUGUAUGGUCAGAGGAUUGACCCCGGCGUUCAAGGGCGUUGCUUCAGUUAUUCGCCAUAAAAAAAUACUCCCUCUCUCCUAUGAGGCUCGUUCGAUGCUGGUUUUGGAGUAG